GGUAUCAAGCGCACGUCGAGUGGACUGGCGAAGUCGCUGGACGGCACAUUCGAGAACGACGGAGGCGCGAAGUAUCAGCCAAUCGUGAUUGGAGGAGGACAGGCAGCAGGCAAGGUUAGCAUACCUCAGGCAAUGUUUGACGAGAACGAGUUUGACGACGACAUCGACCUGGAUGUGGAGGAGCCAUUGGCGAGAACAACGAACAUCGUCAGCUAUCCGGACCUUUCAGCACAUCUGCCCGAAAAGACUGCACAACGCAGCUCUCAGACCGCAGCUGCAUCAUUGGACUCCCAUACGAUGGUGGAACCGGAGCCGACUAGCAGUGCACUUCCCUGGUCUUCAUCACCUCUUGAGCACUUUCAACCUACUGGGCGACCCCAGCAAUCUUUACAGUCAUUUGCAUUUGAUGGGACAGUCAGCAAGAAGUCGGGAGCACAGCAGGAUGGCUCGCCACAACCCAGACCUGCGAAGAGGAGAUUAUUGCCAUGGUUUGAAGGUCUGGGUCCACAGAAAGACUCAGAGCCGACGCAGUCAAUUGGGGGCACAAAGUACAAGUCUCGAUCUAGCAUGGCCACUCCCGCACCAAGUAGGCAUCCCGAUAACAAAGCUUCUUUCCCGUGGAACACGACCGCUAGCGCAAUCAAAGAGCAACAAAAGAAGAAACGAGAAGAAACGAGAAAAAUGUCCAGCAGAGUGGUUGAUGGUACGGAAGAAUCGAUUCGAAAAGCCACAUCAAAACAGAAGCGUCCUGCCAAGGUAUUUCUCAGUGAUGAGCAGCAGCAUGUGCUUGAGCUGGUGAUCGAGAAGAAGAGAAGCGUCUUCUUCACGGGAUCUGCAGGAACGGGUAAAUCGGUAUUGAUGCGUGAAAUAAUCGCAUCUCUUCGAAGACAGUAUCAACGGGAGCCCGACCGUGUUGCUGUGACAGCAUCAACAGGCCUUGCUGCCUGUAACGUUGGUGGUGUCACACUUCACAGCUUUGCUGGCAUUGGGCUUGGUAAGGAAGAUGUUCCUGAGCUAGUGCGAAAGAUCAAAAAGAAU